UGGGAGUGCAGGCUGGAGUGAGCAGGGAUGGUUGGCAGAUGUAGGGCUGGUGUCUAGACUCCGAGACUUGCCCCGGGGAGAGCAGCACCAUGUCUUUCCCCUUCAGGAGGAGGGAGAGGAACCAGUUUAAACAUAUAGCACAUGGCUUGAUUCCGGCAGCUACCGUAGCUCCUAGAUCCGCUGUUCCACGCACCCCUCCCCCACGCAGUCCAAAUCCCUCCCCGGAGAGGCCCAGAUCUGCGCUUGCAGCGGCUAUUUUGAUGACUUCCUUAACAGGUCGCACCGUUGCCAUACCUCAACCCCGCCAGAGAUCGUAUUCUGAAAACGACAGCGUUUACAUCGACGAAUCCGCCGUUAUCGAGCCAUAUGCCACCGCGAGAGACCUGGGAGUGGAACAAAACUGGAAGGUGUAUGCAGACAGAAGCGUCAGCACGCCGGUCAUGUCUUAUGAUGACGAGGACACGGAGCUGCAGAUGUCUGAUCUCGAGAGAGAACAUGCUCCUCAAACUUCUGAAAGGAUCCUCUCGAGUUCUUCCAACGAACCAGUUUAUGCCGUCCCCAUAAAGGAAAAAAAGAAACAAGCCACGCUCGUCAGAGAGGCAGAGAGUGCCCCUUGCGUUCCUCCCAUCAAAGAUGAUGAUGAUGAGGCUCCAAAGAUGUCUAACACAGAUCAUCAAGAAGAAAGUAGAGUUGAUUCUCCUUUGGCGUAUCCGGCCCCUCUCUCCGACAGCGAAACAAGCAGAAAAUCGCCAAAAAGGAAGAAAACAACCAAAGGUGCGAUUGAGAGCCUAAAUGGCGGCCCGGCUGGUGUCGGCACAGAAGAAAUGGAAAAACUUUACGCAAAUAAUCAGCUCCUGGCAGAAAGAAACAUUGAACUGGCCAAUCAGCUCGAGGAAAUGAAGCAAAAAAUGAAAACGAUGAGGGUUAAAAUCAGAAACAUGAAAAACGAGAGGCGAGGAGCGGCUGAAUCCUUGAAAAGCCAAUAUGCGGAAGCUGAUGCCGCCGAGCUGGAAUCCUUAAGGCAUCAAGCUCAGGAAUUAGUUGACGAAAACGAUGCUUUAAAGACGAUGGUCCAUCGGUUAAAUGUGGAGAUGAGCCGCUAUCAAACCAAAUAUCGACCUUUGACCAAGGAAGAGACUCAGAAGAUAGUUGGAUUGCCCCAGCGAGGACCCCCACCUCCCUGGUUGAUCGACAUGAAGUAUUUGUCACCUUUGUUACUCGCGUAUGAAGACAGAAUCGACGAGAAAGACAAUUUAAUUCAGUCCUUUGAGGAGGAAAUGAAUAAUACGAAGGCACGCGUUCAAAAAGUCAUUGAAGAAAAUGAACAGUUGCACCAGCAGUUGGAUCAGAACCGGACGGUCACACCGAAGGAAUGGGAUCUGAUGCAAACUCAGACUAAGCUUGCCUUGGAGGAAAACCAGGUGCUGAUGGAACAACUUGAGGUUCAGAGAACCAAAGAAAGGGAUACUCAGAGCCAGCACAUCCAAGAAGUUUCCAGCUUAACAAAGCAGAUAAUGGUCUUAGAAGCUGAAAAGAAGAGCCAAGCGGAUGAACUGUUAGAACUCCAGAAACAGCAGGACGUUUUACGCUCAAAAUACCGGGAGCUGAAAGCCAACAUGGAAGGCAUGAUCGAGGGUGAGGAACAUGCCGCUACGGUGAAGGAAUUAAAAAGUCAGCUUCAGAGAGAGCGGGAGAAAAACAAAGCAGAGGUCGGAGAUCUGAUGGACAAGAUCUCUGCUCUACAAGCAAGAAGCAAAAGCCUUCUUCUGGAAAGAAAUGACCUCGUAGCCGACAACAAGACACUUGAGGCUGAAACGGAAGCCGUGAAGAAAACAAAUAGAAAAUUGCAAAGGAAGGUUGGCAUGUUGAAAACUCACUUGGAAGACGCAAUGGACAAAGAGGUGGCAGCCCACCAGUAUUUAGCCAAUCUCAUCACUCUGGCCGAGACUAUAGCCGGGGAGCGAGAUGAGCUCGUCCACGUGGCUCGUGGUCUAGAAACAGAAAAGCACGGCGCCUUAAAUCAGAUGGUGGAAGGGAGCAUCCGUUUAGGAAAACUAGAAGAGAUGGUUAAGGUGUACAGGAGGAAGACAGCCGGGAAGCUGGAAGGCAUCGUUCACAAACUGACAGAGCAGGAGGAAGAUUAUGCAGGCAAGACGAGCCAGCACCGGCGUGAGAUGAGACACCUCCAGCGGCUGCUGCAGGAUCGUCAGGAAGCUCUCGACGAGGUCUUGCAGCAGAAAAGGCAAGUUGAAGGAGAACUUGAGGUCAUUUGGGAAUCCACGUCGCAUGAAAACAAACAGUUAAAGGAAUUUCUGCAUAAGGCCCUCAAACAGAGUCAAUUGGCCGACGGCCACGGCCCGCGCGGAUUUCAGGCGACCUCCGUCAAUGAAUACAGCUUCAGCUAUUGUGAUGUCAAUUCCUCGACCCACGGAGAAGAACCGCUCAAAUAAACACUCCUAAAAUACACGUUUUUGAAGGUGACGUAUCAAUGAAAACAGCAGGAAUUUCUAUAACCAACCCAAAAAAAAAAA